CUCGCGUGGGGCCGGGGGCCAGGCCUUGGGCGCCCUCCCGCCCUCGCGCAGCCGCGCGCAGGAGCCCUUUUCCGGGCUGCCCGGGGCGCCGGCGUCAGCGGAGAGGCCGAGGCGGUCCCCCGCACCCGGAGGAAGAUGAAGAAGACUUACUUGAUGUCACACAGCCAGGAGUCAUCUGAGUUUGGGCUUUGAACCCAGCCAAUGAGAUGCCAAAACCUGUGAUGCUCAUGACCCAGAUGAGAAAACAGUGAUUCGGAUAGUUUGCCCAAUGUCACAGCUUCAGUGUAACACAGGGGCCUCCCCGAUUCUGCCGGAAAAGGAGGCCAAGCAGCUCCUGAGGUCCAGGCGCCAGGACCGGCCGAGCAAGCCCGGCUUCCCGGACGAGCCCAUGCGGGAGUACAUGCACCACCUGCUCCGCCUGGAGCACCGCGCCGAGGAGCAGUUCCUGGAGCACUGGCUGAACCCGCACUGCAAGCCGCACUGCGACAGGAACCUGGUCCACCCCGUGUAAGGGGCUCGGCGUCCGCUCCGGGAGCCCUCUGAUAACACGGACCUGGAGAAUGGCGGAACGGGAGGAGGCUCCUCCUUGCAUUUAUUUCUUUCAGCUGCGGAAACGGAUGUCGAUCAGACCUUAUGACCCGUGGCCACGGCAGAGAUGGCCGUGGGGAUCGAUGGCAAACGCGUGUGCUGCUUCAUUUUAUUAAUCUGCAUUACUCACCGAGACCACUGCUUAAAGUGACCCCUCGCCCUACCCCCCUGCCCCAGGGGCUUCCUCCAGCUGGAAGGGUGGGCAGCACCAGGGCCUCCCUGGGGCAGAGGGAGCUGGGCCUGCAGAGCCUGGGGCCUUCCGGAGGUCUAGUUUGGCAGCGUGGAGCACCGCCUGGGGCCCUGGAGGUGUGUGGUCACCUAUCUCCUCCUUCUCUUCUGCUCUAAUAAACAUCCGUGUUCAACCAGC